UGAUUGGUCCGCUGCGCUUCGUGUCUCCGGACGUCCCCGCUUACAGAGAGUCACCUUGCCCCGGCUGCUGCUGCUGAACCGAUCCGGUGUGAGGGAGCAGACGGACCGUCCGGCUCAGAGACACACAGGCAGUGGGAAUCCGACCGGAGGAAACAUGGCGGAGGCGAAGCCCAAAACCUCCCCGAAGGCCAUCAAGUUCCUGUUCGGAGGCUUGGCCGGGAUGGGUGCGACGGUCUUCGUGCAGCCGUUGGACCUGGUGAAGAACCGGAUGCAGCUGAGCGGUCAGGGUACGAAGGCUCGAGAGUAUAAAACCAGCUUCCACGCUCUGGUGUCCAUCUUGAAGAACGAGGGAGUGGGAGGCAUCUACACCGGUCUGUCCGCAGGUCUGUUGCGUCAGGCCACCUACACGACAACUCGGCUGGGAAUCUACACCAUCCUGUUCGAGAAGAUGACCGGAGAUGAUGGACGGCCGCCAAACUUCUUCCUCAAGGCUCUGAUCGGGAUGACGGCCGGCGCCACCGGAGCGUUUGUCGGGACGCCAGCUGAGGUCGCUCUGAUCAGGAUGACAGCUGACGGACGUCUUCCUGCAGAUCAGAGGAGAGGUUACACAAAUGUUUUUAACGCUUUGGCUCGAAUCACCAGAGAAGAAGGAGUCACGACUCUGUGGAGGGGGUGUAUUCCCACCAUGGCUCGUGCGGUGGUGGUGAACGCAGCUCAGUUGGCCUCCUACUCUCAGUCCAAACAGGCGCUGCUGGAUUCAGGGUACUUCGGGGACGAUAUUCUGUGUCAUUUCUGUGCCAGUAUGAUCAGUGGUCUGGUUACCACGGCAGCGUCCAUGCCCGUCGACAUCGUCAAGACCAGGAUUCAGAACAUGAGGAUGAUCGACGGGAAGCCGGAGUAUAAAAACGGUUUGGAGGUGCUGGUGCGUGUGGUGGGGAAGGAGGGCUUCUUCUCUCUCUGGAAAGGUUUCACUCCGUACUACGCUCGUCUCGGCCCGCACACCGUCCUCACCUUCAUCUUCCUGGAGCAGAUGAACCGACUGUACAAGACCCACGUCCUCGACCGCUAACACACACACACACACACUCACACACACACAUGAACAUGCACAUGUACACACACACGUACUCGAACCACAAGCUAAUCAUGUUCUCUUAAAUCAAACAUUUCCACAUUUUUAAAGGACAAGUCUGAUAUAAAGUCCACUAAAAAUGUUGGACUGGUCCUUUAAAAUCAAACACACACACACACACUCACACACUCACACACUCACACACACACUCACACACAC